AUGGAACGUAUUUUAGAAGAAAUAAAAAGCAACUUAGACAGUGCAAAAAAAAGAAACAUAAGAAUAGAAGGAAAGCUAGAUUAUCUUGAAAAAGACUUAAUAGAAAUCAAAAGCGAAAAUCAAGAGAUUAAAAUUGAAAAUAAACAUCUUAGGUUCGAUCUAAAUGAACAAGAAGGAAGAAUUAUAGAACUAGAAAGGAAAACUAGGAAAAAUAAGGUAAUAAUUUUUGGAAUUGAGGAAACUGAUAAGGAGGAUAUGUUAGUUAUAAAAAAUAUAACGAAAGAAGUGAUGGUGAAACUCGCAGUGGAACUCAAUGAAAAAGAGGACAUAGCUGAAUAG